GAAAUAGACAGUUUUUUGCUUCGAGUAGUGUGAAUUGCUCCGUUGUGUGAACACCAUAAAUUGAAACCGAUUUUUUCUCUCUUUAAUUUAAAAUCUAAUAUUUUUCUUUUCAAGAUUAUGAAAAACACCCCAAAAACUAUAUAAAAGUAAUAAUUAAUUCCACAAUCUCAAAAAUAUUGACAUAAUAAUUAUUAUGGACUGCAAUGUAAACGCAAUCUUGAUUUUUUUAAACGUGAGUGUGUUCUUUGUCUCGUACAAUGACAUAAGCAAUGAGCACGUUCAAUGGAAUCAGCAUAAAGUAAGGUUGCAAAUGGUUCUAAUAUUCUUGUAAACUUUUGUUCAUGUGUAUGUGCCUCAUCAGGUUUGAGUAUGAAUGGUGUGAAGUUUGUCUCUAAAUUUAGUUUCUUAAACGCAUUAUUCGAAGCAAAAUGUGUAGCGAAUAACGUGAGCCGUGAAUAGUGAAUAGACUAGUCGAAAAAAUAAAGGUGAAAGAAGAGAAAAAACAAAUGGGAGAAAAGUAAAUACCGAAACAACAACAAAAGAAAAACGCGAAAAGAUAAUAAUUUCAUCUGAAAAUUAUCCAAUGAAGUACCAUCGCAUAGAUUUGAGAUCUCGUUUAUCAUGUAACUUGUAACUCUUGAACGAGAUAACAAGUUUAUUUUUGGGUCGUUUCCAGAAAAAAUGGAUGUUUUAUACGAUAAUGCUUUGGACAAUAAUAAUAACGUAAUACCAUUUUUGAACAAUAACGAUCAAAACCAAAUCGACUUGAAUGUUCCGCUUGUGAACCUGCAUGAAGAUAUGAAUAACAUUAUGGAAAAUAAUAGAGUCAAUGAAAAUAUAGAGGUGAAUAAUGCUGAUGCUGUAGAGGUAUUGAACAAUCUUAGGGAUGAUGAAUUUGAGGAAGAUGCCAACGAAGGAACAUCAAACCAAAACAAUGAAAACGAUAUAUUUAAAGCAGAUAGUUCAUUAAACAUAGAAAAUGGCCCGAAUGUUCCGUCAAAUCCGAAUUCUCAAAGCAGCACCCGAAAAUCAAAAAAACGUAAGCGUCAUUACAAUCUAAAUAAGAACAAAAAAUGGAACAAGCCGUACAAACGUCAAAAACCAACUAAUACCUCCAAAUCUGAUGCUGAAAAUAUGCUGCAAAAUACUCGAAAUAAACACUUAUAUACAAAGGUACCUAAAAUUAUCUUCAACAAUAAACAGGCAAUGCACCGGGGUGGUGGAGUGUCUAAGUUUUUUUUGCCAGACAAACGACCACGAAAAGAUAUUAUUGUUCCUCCAACAAAAUUUUUGCUUGGAGGAAAUAUUUCGGAUCCAUUAAAUUUGAACAGUUUACAAGAUGAAGCAUUGGUGUCGAUGGGUGCUGUGACACCGAAGUCAUCUCCAAUGACAACUCCUCCCAAAGUCGAAGUAAUUAUUCCGCCUAAUAUAUACGAUCCAUUACAUUUACUCGAUCCUGUCGAUUCAGUUGAAUAUGAAAAACAAUUGGUUUCGCCACUCAAAGCACGCCGAUUGAAUAAACAACGCAGUAGAAAGAAAAAAAUUAGAAAGAGUGUUCCAGAUAUUUCGACGCAGGCAACGAAAAAAUUUGAGAAUCAAGAUGUACCGACCACCGCAGAUACAAUACAACUGACAGCAUCGCCGCCGACGAGUAUUGACAUUUCAAAUGAACUCUCAGAUUCGACGAUUGAAUACUUGGGAUCAGAAAUAGUAACUAUGCCUAAAAAUACAGACGAGAAAUUCAAGUUUAGUCGCGAUUUACAGUUAGAUUUGAGUACGGUGAGCAACAGCUCAGGGCGCAAGAGAAAAUUCAGUGAAGGUGGUGGAGGCACUUGUUGUGCUACAGGAAAUGGAAUUAAAAAACUAAGACGUUUCGACUCAAAAGAUAAAAUCGUAAGCCCAGUCAUCCCACAGCCUGGUGCAUGGAAACGGCCCCCAAAAGUGCUUUUGGGUGCACCAAGAAAUCGGAUAAGAACUACCUCAACGAGUGACGCAGAUAAUUCUGAAGAACCAAAUAGUAAUAAAAGAAGUGACUCGUCAUUAUUUGAACAGUCCAAAUCGGGUGAACUACAUGCUACAGUCCACAAAAAAGAAUGUUCACCAGAACGAGCGAUACCUAUAUAUGAAUCUAGCAAUUCAACACAGACAGCAAAUAAUACAGCCGCAUUUGGAUUUAAUAAAGAAACAGUUAAAUAUCAAUUUGGAAACUACGUUGGGCAAAACUGUGGCUUACAAAAUUCAAUUAUCAACCUUUCUGACGUACGAUUAACAGUUUUCUUACGCCAUGCUUACUUGUUCAAGGAUAAGGAUAUUUUAGAUAUUGGUUGCAGCACUGGUCAUAUGACGAUCGCUGUUGGUCGAAAGUUGAAUCCAAAAUCAAUAGUGGGUGUGGACAUUGACAAAAAAUUGAUAUCCAGAGCGCGUCGAAAUCUCCGUAUUUUCCAACGGAUUCCUGAAAGUGAAUCACAAAAUUUGAAGUUGCGCUGUAAACCAAAGUUUGGAGAAAAUAUUGAACAAUCAGAUUGUGACUAUGACAGAGAAAAGUCUUCAAAGAGAAUAAAAUCGUAUUUUCGAGUCAAAGAUCGGGAAAGGCAAUCUUCAAAUCAAGUUGACUUCUUUCCACUAACAUUUCCAAUAUGUUUUGGUGGUUUCCCGAAUGUUAAAUACAAAAACGAAUCACCAUCCGCAUCACCUGCAAGCAACAGCACUCAAAAUCUGAAAAUAUCUGAACAAUCGGCAGUCGCGCAACAAGAUCAAGCUAGGGAAUCAUGCACUUUCACCAAGUUACCAAAUAAUAAUGAGGUUGAAUCAACAAUUAAAAUUGAUUCCAUCUCAAAUGGAGCUCACAAGGGUACAUUUCCAGAUAACGUAUUUUUUCGCACACUUGACUAUGCCGUAACCGACGAAAUACAAAUGGUUUCUGAUAAACAACAAUAUGAUCUGAUUCUAUGCUUAUCGCUAACAAAAUGGGUUCAUUUGAAUUUUGGUGAUGCUGGUUUGAAAAUGACUUUUCGUCGGAUGUUCAAUCAAUUACGACCUGGAGGGAAGCUUAUCUUAGAGGCUCAGAACUGGGCAAGUUAUAAGAAAAGAAAGAAGCUGUCGCCAAAUAUUUACAACAACUACAAGAAUAUUGAAUUUUUCCCGAAUAAUUUUCACGAGUUUUUGUUGAGUCCUGAAGUUGGUUUCAGUCACAGCUAUACCUUGGGUGUUCCUAGACAUUCUAGUAAGGGCUUUUACCGUCCAAUUCAACUUUACAUAAAAGGAGAUUUUACACCUAGUCAAGUUCGAUGGAGUGACACUUACCAUCCCCAAACACCCUAUGAGCCAAUGAUUAGAUAUUCACAUUAUGUUGACCCAAUGAGAAUUUCGAUUCCAUUUGGCGCACAUUGGAACUACAAAAUGACUAAUAUGUACAAACACCGGGACACACCUUUUCCAUAUAGUACGAAUCGAUAUAAUACACCGUCUCAUGGAAUCUCAUCAUCUACAUCCCGAUAUUAUAAUCCACUGGAAACGGACAGCUAUUUACCCAGUUAUGAUAACGUUGUUCAAACAAGACACUAUUGUUUUGCAUCGCCUUUAUACUCUACCGUGUGGUCGCCACCACCAAGUGGACGAAGAUCUGCAUCACAAACGCCUCUAUUUGGAAGUAUUCGAAGAGUUGAUUCAGAUGACCAGGAUUCUGGCACAAAGCAUGUUUACUUAACACCACGGGGAUUGGAUGGAAGUACUUCAUCUUCUCGAAGUAAUGAUGAAAAUUCGCCACAAACGCAACAUGUGUAUGCAAUAGGUAGUAGUCGUUCAUCUGAUCUAGAUACGAAUACUAAUACUAAUUCUCCAAAGCACGUAUAUGCUUUUCAAUGAACUACACAUAUCUUGACAUUAAAGAUGUAGAUAUUUUGCACUUUUCUUUUGGGACUGAUCAUAACCUGAAAAAGAGAAAUGGUAGAUUUUAAAAUAGAGAGUGAACCAUUCUGCGUCAAUUAAUGGUCACCUUACAACGUAGCGAUUGAUAUUCAGACAUCAUGCAGCAAAAUUAGGCUAGAGUGAAGUUAUAAAUAAUAGCCUAUCGGGAUAAAAAAACAAAUAAAAUGAUGUGGUCA